AACCCUCUCACGCUUCUUACCCCAUUGUCCCCACUCGAAAACCCAGAACGCUAUCGUUCUAUCUCUUUCAGAUUCCAAUUUCAUUUUUUUCUUCCUUCUCUAGACAAGAUGCGUGAGAUCCUUCACAUUCAGGGUGGCCAGUGCGGUAAUCAGAUCGGUGCUAAGUUCUGGGAAGUGGUUUGUGCGGAGCAUGGCAUCGACCCCACCGGAAGGUACGGUGGGGACUCGGAGCUGCAGCUCGAGAGGAUCAAUGUUUACUACAACGAGGCCAGUUGCGGCCGGUUCGUGCCGCGAGCUGUUCUCAUGGACCUUGAACCCGGCACCAUGGACAGCGUCCGGUCUGGACCGUACGGUCAGAUCUUCAGACCCGACAACUUUGUUUUUGGGCAGUCUGGGGCAGGGAACAACUGGGCCAAGGGGCAUUACACCGAGGGUGCUGAACUGAUUGAUUCUGUGCUGGAUGUUGUGCGAAAGGAGGCGGAGAACUGUGAUUGCUUGCAGGGUUUCCAAGUAUGCCACUCCCUGGGUGGUGGAACUGGAUCAGGAAUGGGUACCCUGUUGAUUUCUAAGAUAAGGGAAGAAUACCCAGAUAGGAUGAUGCUUACUUUCUCUGUUUUUCCUUCGCCUAAGGUUUCUGAUACUGUGGUGGAACCCUACAAUGCCACUCUCUCAGUUCACCAGCUUGUUGAAAAUGCAGAUGAGUGCAUGGUGCUAGAUAAUGAAGCCUUGUACGACAUUUGCUUCCGUACCCUCAAGCUAACAACUCCGAGCUUUGGUGACUUGAACCAUUUGAUCUCAGCAACCAUGUCUGGGGUCACUUGUUGUUUACGGUUCCCUGGUCAACUUAACUCUGAUCUGAGAAAGCUUGCGGUGAACCUCAUUCCCUUCCCCCGCCUCCACUUUUUCAUGGUGGGAUUUGCUCCAUUGACAUCCCGUGGCUCUCAGCAGUACAGGGCUCUGAGUGUUCCAGAACUCACACAGCAAAUGUGGGAUGCCAAGAACAUGAUGUGCGCUGCUGACCCUCGCCAUGGCCGAUACCUCACUGCCUCAGCCAUGUUUAGAGGCAAAAUGAGUACCAAGGAGGUUGAUGAACAGAUGAUCAAUGUGCAGAACAAGAACUCCUCAUACUUUGUUGAAUGGAUUCCCAACAAUGUGAAAUCCACAGUUUGUGACAUUCCCCCCACAGGCUUGAAGAUGGCCUCCACAUUCAUUGGCAACUCUACUUCUAUUCAGGAAAUGUUCCGCAGAGUGAGUGAGCAAUUCACUGCUAUGUUCAGGAGAAAGGCUUUCUUGCAUUGGUACACUGGUGAAGGCAUGGAUGAGAUGGAGUUCACUGAGGCCGAAAGCAACAUGAAUGAUCUUGUAUCGGAGUAUCAACAGUACCAGGAUGCCACUGCUGAGGAUGAUGAGUACGAGGAGGAAGAUGAGGAGGAAGAGUAUAAUGCACAUGAAAUAUGAUUUUGAUGUUAGUGUAAUGCGGUGAAAACGAGAAUAGCAUAACAUGCCGCAACUUCCUGUUGCCGGUUAAUUGUUCCUUUUUGAGGGGAUGGUUAUGGUCCGGCUCGAUCUGUUACUGUUCUAUAUCAAACAGGCUAUGAUGUUUUUGUUUCUGUUUUUAUGUAACCUGUUGGUAGGGAAGAAAGACAAUAUAAACUGCUAUUGCUUUCAGAUUUUAA